CAUCGAUAGUCCUCAUCAGCCUGGAGACGCUGCAUUGAAGGCUCAGCACCGCUCAGGCUCCAUGACAAUCUUCCAGCAGACACUCCCCCAUUUUGGCUCACCGACGCUGCGUCAAGACGACAGGAGGACGGCGGUGGAAACCGGGACAGCUCCACUCCGGUGGAGAGGUUACCUGUUAGAGGAGAUCACAGAAGACGAAACAGAAUAUCCUGCAAUCCUCUAAACAACAUGGGGGCAGUCAUCUCACGGUGGAGGGCGAAACCAUCCACUGUGGAGAUUUUGGAGGGAAUCGAUAAGGAUCUACAGACCCUCGAGGAAUACAGUGAGAAGUACCAGAGGCAGUUGAAGAUAUGGGUCGGGCGACUGCUUCUGUACUCGUCUCUUCUCUACCUGAUCACGUGUAUAGUUGUGUAUCUCUGGUUCCUGCCUGAACUUUUGAUGGGACAGCUCAUACUGUCUCUUCCCUUUGUAGUAUUUCCAUUAUUAGUUUGGCUACUUCGAAAAAUGCUUAUUGUUAUUUUUUCACGAAGAACCGAAAACAACAAUGAAAAAUUGGAAGAUCUUAAAUCACGAAAAAGGAAAAUACUUGAAGAAGUCAUGGAAACGGAGACGUAUAAAAAUGCUAAACUGAUCCUAGAGAGAUUUGAUCCUGAUUCUAAGAGAAGAAUUGAGCUCGACUCCACACCAGUUCGACCCCAGAUGACUCCAAAACCAGGCCAGGAGCUCCGCCAGCGCAAUGUCAUCCCAAAGACCCCCACCGUGGCGGUGAAUCCUGCGAGCGGAGCUGCUGCUCGCCCCCCUCUUAGCUCUGGGUCCACCUUUCCCGGACGCUCCUCCCACUCCGCUCCAGGUGGACCCCCAGAGAGGGGCCUGUCUGCUGUAGCUGCUCAGCAGACCCUGAUGAGGAGGCCUGUGACCCCCGGAACACCUGUUCCAGGAGUCGCAGGGAUGCACCCCCCAGGCCCGCCGCUGGCCAGACCCGUGGUCCCAAGGGAAAGAGGCGCUAUGGACCGAGUCAUUGAGUAUCUUGUUGGAGAUGGCCCUCAGAACAGAUACGCUCUCAUCUGUCAGCAGUGUCUGUCCCAUAACGGCAUGGCAUUAAAAGAGGAAUUUGAAUAUGUUGCCUUCCGAUGUGCAUAUUGUUAUUUCCUGAACCCCGCGAGGAAGACCAGGCCUCAGGCCCCCAGACUCCCCGAGGCCGCUGGCGAACUGAAGGCGUCACUAGAGGCGCCCGUAGCUUCGUCUGCCACCGAUUUAGAAGUUGACCAAUCACUUUUAGGGCAAACCAAGCCAGCAGAUGUUUCGGCUGAAACCGACACCCAGGAGCCCGGCACACCAACGUCCACAGAGCCCGGCUCUGCGUCAGACAGCCAAAGCACCCCCGAGUCUCAAGAUCCGCACUCGGAGAAAUCUGACGCAGAGCAAGAUGUGUCUGCCAUGGAAGUGGAAUGAAACGGUGCCAGUCAGGCUGAAACAUUUAUCUUUAAGAAAUGUGAUAACCGUUGACUUACAAGCAAACGCCGUGAGUUGAAAUGACCCAGUAAGAAGUUGGCAGGUGAUGUGAUUUUCAACUCGCAGUCCAGAAUGUCCUUUUCUUUUGAGAAUGGCUUUUAUAGUACUGAAAAGAUAUUGUAUGAAAUUGCAUUUUGUUGCAAUCUUUUCCUGUGUGAGUCCUUGCUGUUAAAACAUCGUAUUCGCAACAGUAAGGCUUAUACUUGUGUGGAUUUUGAAUUUCCAUGUUUUCUUUACUUUCAAUAUUUUAUGUUUCUUGGACAGAACAGUAUUCUAUAUGAGUUAAUUUGAUACUGCAGGGAAAAAAUAUAUAUUUUGUUGGUAAAAUUUAUUUAUGGUAAAAUAUUUAUGAAUGCUUACUUAUAGAUACUAUAAUCUUUUGCCUCUCAUGACUGUUGACUGGGGUACUUUGUAGCACGGAAAUGCUACUAUGUUUACACAACAAUGGUACCAUAAUACAAAUGCAACAUAGUAUGUAUUUAUUACUAAAUGCUGGAGAUUUGUCAGUACUGUGCACCUGUCCGAAAUGUGCCUUUUAUAUUCAAGUCUUUCAGAGAGUUGUUGAUGCCACCUGUUUACACAAAGACACAGUCAUUAAACUGUUUACAGACUAUCUGUUUUCUAGAUGGAGGAAUUCUUGUUCUGUAUGAAUAAUAUUAAAUAAACUUUUGAGAG